GAAACUGGUGACGACAAGAGACCUUCACUCAGAGACAUUGCACUGGAGAGACAGAAGGACAUUUUACAGACUGAUAACUUAUAAGAAAUUCCGUAAGGAUGUGGAAGGCAGCAGUGGGACACAAUGUGACGGUGGCUGAAACAGAAUCUGACGACUGGGAAACAGACCCAGACUUUGUGAAUGACAUCUCAGAAGAAGAGCAGCGUUGGGGAGCAAAAACUAUAGAGGGUUCAGGACGCCCUCAGCAUAUCAAUAUACGUGAACUGAGAAGCAAUGUGUCUAAAGAACAUGAGAUUUUGAAGAAAAAAGAACUUCAAGAUGGGCCCCGAGCAUCAUAUGGAUAUGGAGGACAAUUUGGGACAGAGAAAGACAGGAUGGAUAAGAGUGCGUUGGGUCAUGACUACCGGGCAGAAGUAGAGAAGCAUUCCUCCCAAACGGAUGCAGCCAAGGGGUUUGGUGGAAAAUAUGGGGUGCAGAAAGACCGGACGGACAAGUCUGCAGUUGGAUUUGGUUAUAAGGCUGAAUUACAGCAGCAUUCUUCCCAGAAAGAUUAUGCAACUGGGUUUGGAGGGCGUUAUGGUGUACAGACAGACCGUGUGGACAAGUCAUCAGUUGGGUUUGAUUACAAGGCUCAGUUACAGCAGCAUUCAUCACAACAAGAUUAUUCCAAAGGGUUUGGGGGUAAAUUUGGGGUCCAAAAAGAUUGUCAAGAUAAAUCUGCUCACACUUGGAGUCACAAAGAAGAAAUACAGCCCCAUCAAUCACAGACAGAUUAUUCCCAAGGAUUUGGAGGGAAGUUUGGAGUCCAGAAAGAUCGACAAGAUAAAUCUGCUCACAGUUGGAGUUACAAAGAAGAGAUUAAACCCCAUGAAUCACAGACUGAUUAUGCCAAAGGUUUCGGUGGUCGUUAUGGUGUACAGACUGAUCGUGUAGACAAAUGUGCCUCAGGAUUUAGCGAGAUUGAAUCUCCAAGUUCUGCUUACGAGAAAACACAGCCACUGGAAGCAUUGACAAGUGGAACUCAUGACCUCAGAUCUCGUUUCGAGAACAUGGCAAAAACUGCAGAAGAAGAGAAUCAUCAACGAGCAGAGGAAGAGAAAAUAAGACGGCAGAAGAGGGAGAAAGAGGAGAGGGGACAGAUAACACGAGAGGUACAAGCAAAGGAGAUUCCACAGAAAAGAGACCGUGAUAAUGAAUUGUCUCAAAAACUCCCAGUACAGCCACCUGCCCCCUUACCUCGCAGUUCUGCUCCACUACAGCCUUCUAAAAAAGAGGAUACAGUGUAUGAGGAACCCCCUUGUGUCCCACCUAAGCAUCCUGGUUUCGGUGUGGAGUUUAAUGUCCCCUCACCUCAUAUGGACCAUGAGGAGGACAUGUAUGAAGACAUUCCAGUUCCCCUUCUUGACAUAGUGGAGGAUUAUGAGCCAAUCCCAGAUCUUCCACCUAGAAGAGAAGAUGAUUAUGAUGAUGAGGAUGACUAUGAAUGUGUCCUAGAACCUCCUGUGCCAACAGAAGAUAACCUGUAUGAGGGGCUUGCUAAGAAGGAUGAUAACCAUGGAAUGGCUCCUCCAUGUCCCAUGGGUGAGACACAAACAUCAGGGAUCUGUGCUGUAGCAAUUUAUGAUUAUGAAGGAGGUGGAGAUGAUGAGAUUUCCUUUGAUCCUCAGGAUCUGAUAACAGACAUUGAGAUGCUGGAUGAAGGAUGGUGGAUUGGAACAUGCAGAGGGUGUCGUGGUCUUUUCCCAGCCAACUAUGUAGAGCUUGUAGACAAAUAAAAUGCAUUUUACACUAUAUGUAGCAUCAAUAAGCUUAAUUUUUCCCUCAGGAAUGUUUGGGCUCUAAGAGGUCCACUGGAGCAAAUUAAGUAUCUACACGAAUCCCAUGGAAAAGCAAAAUGCAGCUUUCAGACUUCUCCUUGUUCUUAUACACUAUCCUCUUUUCAGCUUUGUAUCUCAUAUAAAUAAAGCUUAUACGUUAAA